AUGGCACAAAACGUUAACUUGAAAAAUGAAUAUGUCAAAUUCAUUGACGAAUACCAAAAGCUGGGACAUAUGGUAAGAGUAUUUAAUGAACAAGAUUGCAAAUACUAUCUUCCCCAUCAAGCUGUUAUUCGUGAAGGCAGUACGACAACGAAACUGAGAGUAGUAUUCAACGCAUCAGCCAAAACAUCGAAUGGAAGAAGUCUUAACGACGUGAUGUACACGGGGCCUAAAUUGCAAAGGGAUAUAUUUGACAUAAUCUUAAAAUGGAGAUUAUGGAAAUUUGUGGUGACAGCAGACGUCGAAAAAAUGUUCCGUCAAAUUAAAGUACACAAAGAAGAUCAACAGUACCAAAACAUACUGUGGCGCAAUGACAGCAAAAAGCCAUUAACAGUGUUCAGGCUUAAUACAGUAACUUAUGGAACGGCAUCAGCACCAUUUUUAGCAGUUCGAAGCCUAUUUAAGAUCGCUGAAGACUGCAACGAAGAGUUAAUAAAAAAAGUUAUUGAGGAAAAUUUUUAUAUGGAUGACCUCAUGACCGGAGCAGAUAGUGUAGAAGAGUGUAGUGAAAUUAAACAAAAAAUCGAACAACAUUUAACGAAGUUUGGUUUUCAUUUAAGAAAGUGGCUCACAAAUAAUUCUUCAAUACUUAAAGAUAAUGUGCUACAGGCCAGUGAAGAAAAUUACAUGAUAAAUAGUGAUGAAGCCGUGAAAACGUUAGGACUUAAAUGGGAUCCUAAAAGAGAUGAAUUUAAGUUCGAUAUUGACUUAAAAGAAAAUCAGAAAAUCACAAAACGACAAAUAUUGUCUAAUUUAGCCCUAUAUUCGAUCCACUUGGGUGGCUAUCUCCAAUAA